CCUCGUACCUUUUUCUAUCUCAGCUGCGAUUUACCUUUGUUUGGAAUUCAACUAAUCCUACAUUUUUCUGUAAAGCAAUUUGUGUUUCAGAAGAUCGAAAGAUGAGUAUGGAAAGGGAAUAGAUUGCACUUGUUGGAAAAACAAAACUGCUCGAGUUUCGUAACUUACUACAUCCUACAUUACGCUCUAUCUCACGUUUAAGAGAUCACGAUUCGCCUAUAAAGUGAUCACGAACCCAAGUCAGGUGCUAAUACAUCAAUAACAGUAUCAAUAAGAAUCAUUGCUACUGGUAUACUCGAAGGUACCAACACUGAAUACCAAUUUCAAGUGUUGGAUACUUUAAGUACCAUUUAUCUAGUAUUCACAAAAUUUUUAAAAUAUUUAUCAUUUUCUGAUAAACAAAUUUUGUGAUCAGUUAACGAAGAAACUUUCCAUUUACAAGGAUCAGUGGUCAUUCGUCAUUGACUGAAGAUAUCGAUUACAAACGUGGAUCAAUUCUUGUUUGAUAGCGUAAUAGGUGGUAGCAGACGAAUGAAAGAAAUUAAGAAAAAGAGGAAGAAGAGGGACAGGAUGCAGAGCUAUCUUGGUAUACUAGUGAAAGUACUUUAAACUCAAAUCACGUGCUUCAGUUCUCUCAGGAUAUUGAAAAUACAAAAUCGAAGAGGAAGAUUCGCUAUUGACUCAUCCACAGGAAACAUAAUAGAAAUCUACCUACUGCUGAGACGAGAUUGCGAUAGGAUCGCUCUAGGGAUGUAAUUAGAACAAGGCUGUGAGACUAUACAAAGCGAACAGAAACUAAUGUUUGAAGGAGAUACUUUUCCACGCGAUGAAAUGAAAAAUUGGUCAAACUCUUACAAUGAAGACAACCGGAAGGAAGCGUUUGUUCAAUUUAAUAUGGAUCACCAUAUUCUUGAUAAACGUUCACGCAGAGAAGCAAAAACGAGAAAUAUUCAGGGAACAAGUGUUACCAGCACUUGGAGGUAAAAUUCCAGAGGAAGCCUUUAGAACCGAUCGUUUGGCGUUGAAUCGUUUGAAUAAGGAAGGUAUUACAGUGCCUGAUGGUGUAAUUUUAGACGCGAGACAUGUUCAUAAAGAUACGCAACAUAUUCAAACUAUGCCAGAAGCGAUACAGGUGUACCUAACACAGGAUGGACGAUACAUACCGCCAGAAGGACGUAUCCACUACAAUCAUCCAAAAACAGUGGACACGACUUACGUUAUUCGUAAACCGUAUUCACAUUUCAAGCAUUCGAACAAUCGGAUCGGCAAUAAACAUCGAAACAAUCAAAAAUCGCAAACUCACGCGAGCUUCCGACAACUGGUACCCAUAAUACCACCCUCGAAACCAGGGGUGUACAAGCCCAUCGUAACGCCAUCAUUGUUUCCUAACGUUGAUCUCUUGGGAGACAUUUAUCUACCGAGAUGGAACAUACAAUACGACUGGGAUACCGUUUAUCAACCAUUCGAUGAUUACAUCGUCAACAACAUCGCGUUCUUCAACUCUCAUCAGAUCAUUACCGAUUACCAGGGAUUUCUAAAUAAAUAUCACGAAAGAUCUUCGAGGCACAUCGAAGCUCAGUCCAGAGACAGAAAUCACAAUGUUUCUCCUGAAAUUCGUGAUAAAGAAUCGAAGAACACGAAUUCCCGAACAGCAUUUCACCAAAGUUCUAGAUUAAAUAACGAUGCGAAUCGUUACACGAAUCUUACUGAAAUUCCGGAAACAAGUUUCAUCUGUAAUGGUAGAAAAGGUUUAUUUGCCGACAUUGAAACCAAGUGCCAAGUUUUUCAUAAUUGUUCCGGAUGGUCGAAAACUUCUUCGCUUUGCCCUAUAGGUACAGCAUUCAGUGAAACGAAGAAACGUUGUGAAUGGUGGAACACGGUAGACUGCAAGUAACACGUGUAGUAAAUUAUCAAUUAUAAUUAUUAUGAUAUUUAUAAUUUAUUUAUAGUAUGCGGUAAUAGUUAAUAUUUAAUUAACUUCAUUUUAUUAAUGGUUUAUAUAUGUAUAUGUUUCAUAGAAAAAGUACAAAAAAUAGUAUUUUUAGAAUAAUAAUUCACAGGUAACCCUGUAUAAAGCCUAUAUUAAUUAUGAAGCACCAUAUAACCAAUAAUAGAAUAAUGUCUUAACAUUUCUUUCUGCAAAAUUUAUUUCAAAUACUAUUAUUAAAAGUAGUGAAAUUGAAAAAGACAAACAAA